AUAAAUUCUAUAUUAGCGUGAAAUGGUUGUGGCCAAGAAACAAUCAACCUUGUUUAACGGCGAUACAGUGGACAUGGUCGAUGUCAAUGGUGAAGCAUCUGAACCUGAACCUGAACCUGAAUCAGAAUCUGAAGAUGAAGAUGUGAAGUUGACUGAAGCUUCUAAGAACUCCAUAAACAACCGGGAUGGUCUCCUUGAGAAGCUUGCAGAUAUCAGCUGGCCAGAUAAUGUGGAAUGGAUCCACAAGCUCUCCAUCGAUAUUGAUCGAGAGCAAGAGGUUGAUGUGAAUGAUGACCUGGCCCGUGAACUCUCUUUCUACACUCAAGCACUGGAGGGAGCUAGACAGGCCUUUGGGAAGCUACAAUCAAUAGGGCUUCCUUUUCUUAGGCCGCCAGACUACUAUGCAGAGAUGGUAAAGACUGAUGCCCACAUGGUGAAGGUGAAAGGCAGGCUCUUGGUGGAGAAGAGGAAGAUUGAAGAGGCUGAAGAGAGAAGAAAAGCUAGGGAAGCAAAGAAAAUAGCUAAAGAGGUUCAGUCUCAGAAACUCAAAGAAAGAGCUAAGCAGAAGAAAGACGACAUUGAAUCGGUUCAGAAGUGGAGGAAACAAAGACAACAGAGUGGGUUUGCUGGGGGAGACAAAGAUGGGGAAAUGGGUUUUUCAUUUGAAGAUGAGAAUGUUUUUGAAAGGUCAAAUAAGAGGAGGCCUGGGGUGGCACCUGGAGAUAGAUCAGGAGGAAAGGCAGGGCAUCGUGGUGGCAUGGGGAAGAAAGGUGGGGACAAAAACAGAAAGGACAGAAACUAUAAGAAUUCCAAAUUUGGAUUUGGAGGGAGGAAAGGUCUGAAGAAGCAAAAUACAGCUGAGACAACCAAUGAACUGAGAGGCUUCAGCAAAGGUAAUUUUUCAGGAAAUAAGAAAAGGAAAAGGUGAUCAAGUGAACAACAAAAAGAAAUACUUGAUCAGUUUUUGUUGGAGGCCAUACAAAUGAAGAACGUUUCCAAGGCGUUAAUGUUGAAGAUUUGAUUCCGUGUAACUUAAAUUUUCUAAUGUUCUGAAUUACUGGUAGCCUAUGGAGCAUGUUGGGCAUCCAGACUGGAGUAUGUUUUGACUUUCCUUUUAGUUACUUAUAUUGGUGCUUUACUUUCUUGAACUAAGCUUGCUGCCAUUAUUUUUUUUCCUGGUUUUCUGAUUGAUUACCCUGAGUUGAACUCUUGA